AUGGCGGUAAGGGGGUUGAAACCAGAGCCGGGCAAGCCCGUGUGCCGCGCGGGUGCGUGCCGGGUCUGCCUCAAGAGCUUCAAGCCCGAAGACUUCUUCCGCACGUGCUGCGAGUGCACCCAGAAGGUGUGCGAGGACUGCGCCUCCUACUCCAAGCUCGACGAGAACCAGGACGAGAGUACGUGGCGCUGCAGCAUCUGCAGGCGAAAGCUGCAGUCGCGUGCGGCGCCGCCCGUCAUGACGCAGGAGUCCACGGAUAGCCUGCUGGACGUUCCAGUGCUGGAGGCGCUCCAGCGCAGACACUCGGACGUCAAGAUCGGCUCCGGCAGCUCGCUUACCGUCAGCGGAGGUGGCGGCAGCGGGCUGGCGCCGCCGCGGUCCCCGGAGCUGCGCCGCCACUCCGACGUGUCGCCCGCGUCGCUCAAGGAGCUGGAGAAGGUGGCGGGCGAGCGGCGCGAGGAGCUGCGCUGGGAGCGAGAGCUGGAGUGGCGCCAGCACCGCGUGGGCGGCGCGCCGCCCCCGCAGCCCGGCGGCCAGCCGGGACACUCGCCGCAGGUCGAGCGCCGGCCCUUCCCCUCGCCCGCCAAGCAGGUCGGGCCAGAUAGCGGCAUGCCAGAGGACGAGUCAGAGGCGGAGGCUUGGAGGCGGCAGCGCGCGCGGGGGCGGCGCCAGUCGCGCGUGACGCGCCAGCGCAGCUACGACGAGGAACUGAAGGCAGCCACCGCCGCCGCGGCCGCCGGCGCCGGCGGGGAGCCCAGCCUAGGCCGCAGGGCGUCCUUCCGCGUCGUGCCGCAGCCGCAGCCGCCGCCGCAGGACAAGGCCGACGACGGCACACAAGCAGCCCUGUAUAUUGAGCCUAAAACAGCAAGUACAUUGGAGGGUACCAGUAACAAUGUAGGUCACCAGUACAUGAAGCGACUGAGAAAGGAAGGAAUGGGUCGGCGAUCUAAAUCGAUGAUUGGGUGUCCACUGUUGGCAAUGCAGUUCCGCACACUACACUACACUACUCUGAAACAACAAACGGCAGUGGCCAUAUACAGGUGUGGAGCUGCAGCGUGGAGCAGCUAUCCGCAGCGCACCGUGUUCCAGACCUGCCCACUUGUUGCAGACUCUUCGCCGUCGCCGCUGUCGCCGGACGCCACGGCGCAGGCGCCGGCCGGGCUGUCGCUGGGGGUGGAGGAAGACCGCCGCACCAGGCGCCGCGGCUCACAGCUGCCAGAUCUGGGGAUGCGUGCGCUGCCACAGACGCCGCCUUCUUCCGGGACGCCGACGCCCCGCGGGGAGACGACCGACGCCGUGCGUCGCCAGACGUCCGUCACCGACGGAGAGGCCAUCAAGAUCGUCAUCCAUGACGUCGACUGCGACUUCAGUCCCCGGCCAGGAGCUAAGCGCCGCGUGGUGCUGAGGAGGGACCCAGCCGACAAGGCGCACCGCACUCGUGGCUUUGGAAUGCGUGUCGUCGGAGGAAAGACGGGAGCCGACGGCCGGCUGUUCGCCUACAUCGUGUGGACUGUUCCGGGCGGGCCUGCAGAGAAAGGCGGACUACAGCAAGGUGACAAGGUACUGGAGUGGGAUGGCGUGUCGCUGGUGGACCGAAGCUUCGAGGAGGUAUGCGCCAUCAUGGACCGUUCCGGAGAAUCCGCAGAGCUGCUCGUCGAACACGCCACAGACUUUCGCAUGUGUGACUUGCUGGACGAGCCGAUUGCUAGAAAACCAGCUUCUGAGUCACUGGGGUCGCAGCUUGAAGGAGACCAGGACAAGACGCCAACCUCACCGACGCGUCGCAAGCUGCCUAAGACCCCGGUAUAG